AUGAAGAAAGGAUCUCUUAUCGGGAAUAUAGCUCAUGAUCUUGGUCUGGAUGUUCAAAGACUGCGCUCGGGUCGAGCUCGUAUCGUGUCUGGCGACAGCACCGAGUAUGUAGAGCUCAAAACAGACAAAGGGAUUUUGGUUGUAAAGGAGAGAAUUGACCGAGAGCAGCUUUGCGCUGAAACCACUCCGUGCAGCUUCACGUUUGAAAUUAUACUUGAUAAUCCAAUGGAGCUACAUCAUGUUACGGUGGAAAUAUUGGAUGUAAAUGAUCACUCACCAACAUUUGCCAAAAGUGAUAUUAAUCUUGAAAUAAGUGAAUCGGCCGCCCCCGGUGCUCGUUUCUUACUGGGAGGCGCAGAUGAUCCUGAUGUAGGUGUAAACGCACUACAACAUUAUACUAUAUCACCUAACGAUAAUUUUAUCCUGAAAGAAAAAUCGCGCCCUGAUGGAGUUAAAUAUGCUGAAAUGGUGCUUCAGAAACCUCUAGACAGAGAGCAGCAUCCUCGACUGUCUCUCAUUCUUACUGCAGUCGAUGGAGGAAGCCCUCAAAGAACUGGUAGCAUGAAAAUAGAGGUCACUGUAUUAGAUGCAAACGACAACGCGCCUGUAUUUAACCAGUCAAUAUACAGAGCGACAGUGGAGGAAAAUUCACAAAAAGCAAAGAAAUACGAAAUUGAUAUUGAAGCCAAAGAUCAGGGAGGUUUAGGUGACUCUGCAAAAGUUGUAGUUGAUUUAAUUGAUGUUAAUGAUAAUGCGCCAGUGAUUAGUGUCAUGUCAUUUUCAAGCCCAGUUACAGAAGACGCAACUGUUGGCACUACCAUCGCUAUUUUCAGUGUUAAGGAUGUAGAUGCAGGAGACAAUGGUCACGUUGAAUGUACUAUUGGUAGAAAUACUCCUUUUAAACUACAGUCUUCACUGAGAAAUUAUUACAAUUUAGUCACUGAUGCGGCUUUAGAUCGUGAGCGUGUGGCAGAAUAUAAUAUUACAAUCACCGCUACAGAUUCAGGAUCUCCUGCGCUUUCCAGUCAGAAAACUUUGAAUUUGAAAGUAUCAGAUGUAAAUGACAAUCCACCCAGGUUUCAAAAGAGUGUUUACACUGCAUUUAUUACAGAAAACAAUUCACCGGGUUUGUCCAUAUUUACUCUAAGCGCUAAAGAUAAUGACUGGAACCAGAACGCUCGUAUUUCAUAUCUCCUAGAAGAUACUUCAGUGGGUGGAUCCCCUGUUUCCUCUUUUAUAUCAGUAAAUGCUGACAGUGGAGUGGUUCACGCACUGCGCGGUUUCGACUAUGAGCAAAUGAAAAGUGUUCGCGUUUGUGUAAAAGCACAAGAUGGAGGCUCUCCGCCCCUCAGCACUAAUGUGACUUUGGAUAUUAUAAUCCAAGAUCAGAAUGACAACGCUCCUCAGGUUCUGUAUCCAGUACAGACUGGCGCUUCAGUGGUGGCUGAGAUUGUGCCUCGUGCUGCAGAUGUUGGAUAUCUGGUCACUAAAGUGGUGGCUGUUGAUGUGGACUCUGGUCAGAAUGCCUGGCUCUCCUAUAAACUCCAGAAAGCUCCAGACAGAGCGCUGUUUGAAGUGGGUUUACAGAAUGGAGAAAUAAGAACUGUGCGACAAGUUACUGAUAAAGAUGCUGUCAAACAAAAACUCACUGUUGUUGUGGAGGAUAACGGACAGCCCUCUCGCUCAGCUGUGGUCUCCAUUAACGUGGCUGUGGCUGACAGCUUUCCUGAAGUGCUGUCAGAGUUCACAGACUUUACGCAUGAGAAACAAUAUAACGACAGCUUAACUUUUUAUUUAGUUCUGGCUCUGGCCGCUGUUUCUUUCCUAUUCAUCACUUGUGUGGUUGUGAUAAUAUCAGUUAAAAUCUACAGAUGGAGACAAUCUCGCUUCCUCUAUCAGUCCAAUCUGCCUGUUAUUCCGUACUAUCCACCGCAUUACGCAGACACAGGAGUCACUGGAACUCUGCCGCACGGCUAUAAUUAUGAAGUGUGCAUGACGACUGACUCGAGGAAGAGUGACUGUACGUUUUCUACACUCGGGGGUCAGAGUGUUUUAGUGGUGGACCCGAGUUUCAGUGAGACGAUGCAGCGCGCAAUGAAGGAAAAUCGUUGUUUAAAAGAUGCAGAGGAGUGUCUGGAAACGGUUUCCGCCUAUGGUUGGUGGAACUGUGCUGAUGCUGGCUAUGAGGUUGUGGAUGAGGAGACUAAAAUGAGCCAUUGA